AUGCUUGAUAGAGCACUAAGCAAUGAUAGGUUUAAGAUUUUUGAUGGAGUUGAAGUAAAACCUGUAGGAGAUAAUGAUACUAAAGUUGAGAAGAGGAGUGAUGAAGGCAGGGCUUUGUUCAGUAAAUAUACUUAUGAGUAUAGAAUGUAUCAGAAAGUAAAGGAUUUUGUUAAUACGCAUAUUCUGUCGAUCAAUCUACCGAUGGCUGCUAAAUCGUUCGGCCUCAACAAAUUCUUCAUACCGAUUCUAAUAGGAGGACAGGUGCUUAUAAAGACAAUACUUUUUGCAAUGUUCCUGCCAAGCAUUUUGGGAAGCUUUGGAAAGAUGCUGAGCAAAGGUCUUUCCACGAUAUCAGCGUCGUCAUCCCAGGCCAGUUAUCCACCCGCUAACGUGGAUGACCAGGUUGGAUACAACACGGAUAAUAAAGACUUCAUGGGUUACGAGACCAGCCAAACGGGAACCUAUGCUUACCCUCAAGAUGGCAUGUACGGAGCUGAUGCUAAUGAUGUCAAUGACCUGGGAAAUGUUGAUAUGUCGAGAUUCGGCGUGGACGGGCAAAAAACAGGAUUCCUACCUUCAAAGAACAGUUACUACAAGAAUCAGAUGAAUACAGCGAAUAAUUACAAGGUGUUCCAAAAGAUCCCGGCCUCCUCAAUGAUCCUGAGUAACUACGAUCCGUUCUACUCGCCACUGUUAUCACGACUCGACGGCAUAUUUGCACGACUUGACCCGGAACAACAAUUUGUGGAUCACACAAAGUGUUGUUCCGUGCGGAAACCGAACCCUCGACACGUUGCACGGCAGCCAGUUGCCCAGGCACCGCACCAAUCGUGCAGUCCAUUGGUCAGCAACGGAAAUGACGGGUCACCUGAUGGUUUGGCGCCAGCGGAGAACUCGGUGGAUGAAAAUAUCGAAGCUUGCAGAGAACAGCUGAUCUGCUUGAUGUACGCCAGUCCAGCCAAAUUUGCGCCCUACAGCAAUCUGGUUUCUGCUCAGCUCAGCAGAGAACUGAACGAGCUCCGAAGGCCAGUUUCCGACAACCCUGAGAUCCUGCGGUUCUUCAAAUACAUGAAGGCAGCGAGACGAGGACAAGAAACAUCAGACUGUAUGUAUGCCUACCCGACGUGCACCGCCAACGCUCCGAAGACGCACACUAUGAUAGCAGCUUACCACGACAUCAACAAAUUAGUCACAGCUAGGAAACUACAUAAGUAA